AUGGAAGUAGAUGGGCACACCGCAGGGCGACCAAGCUCUGGAGCCUGGUCCAACUUUCAUGGGCAGGGAGUUCAGAACUCGGGCAAUUUCCACGUCGGCGGCAGUCUUAACAUUGGCGUCCAUGACCUCUCCGAGCCGGCCUCCCGAUUCUUGGCCGACCUGCGAUCCACCGACCCACGCGACGACAAGGCGCGUAUCGAGCGGACAAAGGGAGGGCUGUUGCGCGACUCGUACCGCUGGAUUAUCGACCACGAUGACUUUCGCCGAUGGCGCGACGACAAGGAGAGUCGGUUGCUCUGGAUCAAGGGCGACCCAGGCAAGGGUAAGACGAUGCUGCUAUGUGGUAUCAUUAACGAGCUGGGCAAACUGCCUACAAAGUCCCACCUUUUGGCCUACUUUUUCUGCCAAGCGACCGACGUACGCUUGAACAACGCGGCGGCUGUCCUCCGAGGCCUCAUAUAUCUCCUCCUUUGCCAGAGGAAGUCACUCCUCGCGCGAGUACGCGAGAAGUAUGAUCAUGCGGGCAAAUCGCUGUUUGAAGACGUAAACAGCUGGGAUGCGUUAUCUAGAAUGCUUUUUGUCAUUUUGCAGGACCCAAGCUUGCGUAAUACAUACCUCAUUAUUGAUGCGCUCGACGAGUGCGAGACAGGCCUCGACCAGCUGCUCCAUCUGAUCCUUGAGCUAUCCUCAUCGACUCAGGCGAAGCUGAUCGUGUCCAGCCGCAAUUGGCCGAGUAUUGAACAGAAACUACAAACCGCUGGGUCCCGAGCGAUGCUAAGCCUGGAGCUGAAGGAGAACGCUGAGCAGGUGUCCCGCGCCAUCGAAAUCUACAUCACCCGCUGUGUAUCGGAGCUCUCGGCUUUGCAAGGAGACGCGCAUCUCCAAGAUCAAAUCCGGCGUAAAAUUCAAGACAAAGCCAAUGGGACUUUCCUAUGGGUGGCUCUCGUCGUCCAAGAGCUUCGCGAAGCACAGAGUUGGGAGGUGGAGGAGGUCAUGGAUGAAGUACCUGUCGGGCUUAAUGAGCUUUACGAACGAAUGAUGCGACAGAUAAAGCGAUUAGGACGGAAGAAUCCCGACUUUUGUCAGCAGCUCCUUUCGACGGUCGUCACAGCGUAUCGUCCGAUGCAUCUGGAAGAGCUUCGAGUACUUACAAGCCUGCCGCCGAACAUUUCUAAUUCGCAACAAAAUGUGACUAAGAUUGCCGCCAUGUGCGGAUCAUUUCUCACCAUACGAGACGAUAUCGUUUAUAUUAUUCACCAGUCAGCGAAGGACUUCCUGAAGGCAGAUCGAUUUCUCUUUCCUUCUGGCAUCGUACACGAGCAUGACGCAAUUUUCUCGAGGUCGCUACAGGUAAUGUCGCGCACGCUUCGACGCGACGCAUACAACCUGGGCGCUCCUGGGUUUGCCAUUGACCACUUUGAGACACCUGACCCCGACCCGCUGGCGCCGGUGCGGUACUCCUGUCUCCACUGGGUCAAUCAUCUAAUCGACGCGUCCACUGGUGGACAUCAGCACAGCGAGAUUCGAGACGAUGGUUCUGUUGAUGUGUUUUUGAGACGUCACUAUCUUCACUGGUUGGAAGCUCUCAGUCUCAUGCGGAGCCUGUCCCAGGGGAUUGUUGCUGUGUCGCAGCUUUUAUCGUUAGCCGAGUCUCACUUCAAGUCGCCUAUACUUACAAGCCUAAUUCGAGACGCACUGCGAUUUAUUCGGUAUCACCGAGUGGGGAUUGAAAGCAGCCCCCUAGAAGUGUACAACUCGGCACUCGUAUUCAGUCCGGCGCGUAGCAUUAUCAGGGAACAAUAUCGGACUGAAGAGCCAGGCUGGAUAAGCAUCAAACCAGGAGUGGAGGACGAAUGGAACGCAUGCUUACAGACGUUCGAGGGCCACGACAACUCGGUCGUCUCGGUGGCCGUCUCGCGCGAUGGCUGCCAGCUGGCAUCGGCGUCGUGGGACGGCACCACCAAGCUCUGGGACAUGACCACGGGCCAAUGUGAGCGGACGCUCGAGAGCGGCCGUUACCUUUCCAUUAAGUCGGUGGCCUUCUCGCACGAUGGUCGCCAGCUAGCAUCAGCAUCGAGUGACGCCACCGUCAAGCUCUGGGAUACAACCACGGGCCGGUGUGAGCAGACGCUCAAGGGUCACAAUGGUGGGGUUAACUCAAUAGCCUUCUCACAUGAUAGCUGCCAGCUGGCGUCAGCAUGGGAUCAUGGCACUAUCGAGCUCUGGGAUACAACUACAGGCCGGUGUAAGCAGGCGUUUGAAGGUCAUAGCAGCUCAGUUGAGUCGGUAGCCUUCUCGCAUGACAGCCGCCAGCUGGCAUCGGCAUCGUACGACGGCAACGUCAAGCUCUGGGACACGGCUACAAGCCAGUGUAAGUGUCAGUGGACGCUCGAAGGCCAUAGUGACUGGGUUACCUCAGUAGCCUUCUCGCGUGAUGAUUACCAGCUAGCUUCAGCAUCACACGACGGUACUAUUAAGCUUUGGGAUAUUACUACGGGCCUGUGUACACAGACGCUUGAGGGUCAUGGCGGCUGGGUUAACUCAGUCACCUUCUUACAUAAUAGUCAUCAGCUGGCGUCGGCAUGGGAUGACGGUACUAUUAAGCUUUGGGAUAUUAUUACAGGCCAGUGUGAGCAGACGCUUGAGGGCCAUAGCGAUCGUGUUACCUCAGUAGCCUUCUCGCAGGAUAGCUGCCAGCUAGUAUCAGCGUCGCAUGACACUACUAUCAAACUUUGGGAUAUAAUUAUAGGCCAGUAUAAGCAAACGCUAGAUAGGCACCACGACUCAGUCCUGUCGAUAGCCUUCUCACGCAAUGGCCGCCAACUAGCAUCAGCAUCAGCUGACCACACCGUUAAGCUCUGGGAUAUAACUACAGGCCAGUGUAAGCACACGCUUGAGGGCCAUGGCGGCUUAGUUUGGUCAGUAGCCUUCUCACACGAUGACUGCCAGCUGGUAUCGGCAUCGAAAGAUAGCACUAUCAAGGUCUGGGACACAACCACAGGCCAGUGUAAACAAACGCUCGAGGGCCAUAGCGGCUGGAUCAUCUCCAUAGCCUUCUCAUAUGAUAGCCGCCAACUGGUAUCAACGUCACAAGACGACACCGUCAAGCUCUGGGAUAUAACUACAGGCCAGUGUAAGCAGACGUUUGAGGGCUUUAGUAGCAGGGUUAACUCAAUAGCUUUCUCACAUGAUGACUGCCAGCUAGCGUCAGCAUGGGAUAAUGGUACUAUUAAGCUUUGGGAUAUAACUAAAGGCCAGUAUAAGCAGGCACUUGAGGGCCACAGCGAUGAAGUUACCUCAAUAGCCUUCUCGCGCCAUGGCUGUAAGCUAGCAUCAGCAUCAAAAGAUAGCACUAUCAAGCUCUGGAAUACAACUACAGGCCAGUGUGAGCAGGUGCUCGAGGGCCCCGGCGUCUGGGUUAACUCAGUAGCCUUCUCGCACGAUGGCCGCCAGCUAGCGUCGGCGACAUCAUAUGGCAUUAUCGCGCUCCAGGAUACAGCUACGGGUUCUUAUGAGCGUGUGUUUGAUCUAGGCCGGCGGGUUGAUAAACUAGCAUUCUCCGAAACCGGAUUACAGCUUCAUACGGACAUUGGCACCAUCGGUUUAGAAGUACAACCAGCAACGUCUUCUAAUCUUCUACUGUCGGCUACCUCAACUAAGGCGCCUCAAUUUAUUGGUCACAACCUAUGGGAGUGGGCGCUUGAUACAGGCCGUCGGCUUUAUACCAUCGCGUUCUCCGAAGCCGAAGCUGAAGAACAAUCAAUCGAGACGCCUUGUCUUCUUGGUUAUGGUGUUUCUGUGGACGGCGCAUGGGUUACAAAAGACUCCCGAAACAUACUUUGGUUGCCUUCAGAGUACCGGCCGGUGAUUUCGGGCGGAAAGGUGUCUACAGUAGCCGUCAAAGGGUCUACGGUAGCUAUUGGUGGUGGGUCGGGCCGUGUUUUACUGCUACAUUUUUCGUUUAGGGACUCUACCUGA